UACGAACGGGCGCCGUUGCUGACACUGAAACAGCAGAGCGCAUGUGCACGAAACUAUCAUGGGUGUCCAUGGACAGACAGCGCUAUUGGGUGGCCGUGGCCAGUGUACUCGUUGUUCAGUCACCUUCCGUUUCGAACAUGAAACGUGUAAAAAAAAAACAUCAUUGAUGGUCUAACAUGUAAACGUCACACACUCGUGAAACAUUCGUAAAUCCCCCUUGAAGUGGUUACAUAGCAAUGACUAUUUCUGUACGACUAAACCUCUGUGAACCCGACAGGAACUCAUAAACGUUUCCGCGUGUACCGGAAUCGCGUUGGAUGUUUUAAAUGUUAACUCUUUUUAUAUUUUCCAUCGACAUGAAUACCAUUGACACCAGUUGAUCAUUGAAAAACAUGCGAUUUAUCAGUUUUAUGUAAUGUCGUUAUGAAAAAUCGUGCUUUUAUUAUCUCAUGAGCGUCAUGAAGUACAAGUGGCAUUAGAACACAUCCAGUUGUUUCUUCUUGUUACGGCUAUACAAUUUGCCUUACAAAACAUCAUAACGCUCGUCACAUAUAUAUGACAAUGCGAACGAAAUUGUUAAAGAAAAACGGGAAUAAAAAUGCAACAUUCAUUUGAUCAGCGAGAUCCAGUGGUAACAAGAUUGUAAAAUUUAGUUCCGAGCCACUUCUCACCGUUCCUCAGAAACCAUGGCGCUGUGGACAGGGAGACCAGGAUUGUUGAGAAAACUUGGAAUCAUUUUGCUCGGCGCUUGGCUACUGGUUUUGAUACUUUCAGUUUCUCAUGUAUUUAGAAGCAAUACUCUAUCCUCUGAAAACUCAGUAUCAAAUAACAGAGAUAACUCGCAGCGCCUUGCACAGAUGGCCAAUGAAUUUGAGAUACUCAAAAAACAGAAUGAAGCACUUGCCAAUUUAUUAUUAGGAGAUGGGACAAAAGGUGCAAAUGAAAAUAAUUUAGUAUCCACACAGGAUAAAUUGUCGAUUCUUUACAAUUUACUGGGUCAACAAGGAAGCGAAAAAUUCAAUGCUCCUUCUUCGGAAUAUGAAGAAUUGAGACGCAGAAUACGCAACAAUGUUCAAGAGAUGUGGUAUUAUGUUAAUGCUCAAUUAAGUAAAGCCAAAAAGAAAGUUGAUUCAGUAGGAGCGGAGCAGCAUAAUAAAGACUUGGAUGAAGCCCUUAAAAUGAUUUGGGAACACAAAAAAUCACUGAUUAUUGAUUUAGAUAAAUUAGGCAAAGCCGAUGGGCAUGAAGCAUGGAGAGAGAAAGAAGCCAAAGACUUAUCGGACCUUGUGCAAAGACGAUUUAGAUAUCUGCAAAAUCCAAGCGACUGUAACAAAGCGAAAAAGUUGAUAUGCAGUUUGAACAAAGGAUGUGGUUUCGGUUGCCAAAUUCAUCAUUUAACGUAUUGCUUUCUCGUUGCAUACGGAACGGAGCGAACAUUGAUACUGAAAUCAAAAGGCUGGCGGUAUCACAAGGACGGGUGGGAGUCGGUUUUCAAGCCAGUGAGCGACACGUGUACGUCGACGAGUGGAGCGUCGCAUAGCAAUUGGCCGGGUGACAUAACGAAGCAAGUCGUGUCGCUGCCAAUCGUCGACAACGUUUAUCCAAAACCAAAAUAUCAACCGCCGAGUGUGCCAGCGGACAUUGCGGCGAGAUUAGAAAAAAUACACGGUCACCCGAUAGUGUGGUGGGUCGGUCAGGUUCUGAAAUAUUUGAUGAGGCCUCAAGAGAACGUGAAGAAUGUCCUGGAUUAUUCCAAGGAAAAGCUUGGCUUCGAAAAACCGAUAGUCGGAAUUCACGUGAGGCGAACUGACAAAGUUGGUUCUGAGGCGGCUUUCCACGAUAUCCACGAGUACAUGGUCAAGGUUGAGCAGUACUUCGAUCAACUGGAAGAACCUCCUUCAGUGAGAAGGGUAUUUAUCGCGAGCGAUGAUCCAAAGGUUAUUACAGCAGCGAAAAAAAAGUACCCGAAGUACGAGAUAAUCGGUGAUCCCGAAGUUGCCGAAACGGCUUCGGUUUCCCGUCGAUAUUCCGACUCCUCGUUGCAGGGCGUAAUCGUCGAUAUCCAUUUGCUGUCGAUGAGCGAUUAUCUCGUGUGUACUUUCAGCUCGCAAGUCUGUCGCGUCGCGUACGAGCUAAUGCAAACUUAUCACACCGACGCUUACGACAAAUUCGCUUCUCUCGACGACAUUUGGUAUUACGGGGGUCAAAAUUCUCAUCCGCAUGUCGCUAUACACGAUCAUAAGCCCCGCAGGCCCGGCGAGCUCGAACUUCGUGUCGGUGAUUUGCUCGAGGUUUACGGCAACCAUUGGGAUGGAUUUUCCAAAGCGCGCAAUACACGAACCAGCAUGACUGGUCUUUAUCCUAGCUUCAAAGUUAAAAACCCCGUAGCUGCGGUCGAAUUUCCCAAAUACCCGGAAGUCCCGCUGACCGAAGAUCGCAACUUGUGAAUCAUGUAAAUCCUUAUUUAUCUUUUGCAAACUUUACUACCGUUUUUUUUUCUUCGAACGAAAAGCGUCGAAUCACUGCAAUCGGGCAAGUGUCUUCUAGGGCCCUGAAAAUGCACAAUUUUUCAGUCAGUCGUAACACUUUUGUGAGCUCCUUUGAUCGCAGCAACAACGGCCUAGAGAUUCGGUCGAAACGCACCUUUUCUCUCUCAGAACUAUCGAUAAUGAGAAUAGAUUGUGUCGAAUCCACCACUGUUUUAGACAUUUGAAAAAAAAAAAAAAAAAAACGGAAAGCAGGUUACUGUAAUUAUUGAAACUUUUUACUAUCUUUUGACUUCUUUUACUCUGCAAACUUUCCUAUUAAGUGCUAGUGACCGAACUGUAUUGUCACUGCGUUCAAGCGAAAUGUUUUUUCUGAUCUCUUUUUUGUUGCACACAAACAAGUUUUUGUUUACUAUUGUGAAUGGCUUUAUAAUUGUUAAACUAAUGGAUUAACGAAUUCACUGGGUUAAUUGUUUGCUUUUAACGGACAUUGAAGAUUUUCUAUGAAGUUUGUGCCAACGAAGCAGCAUAUAGACCACAAACGAUUCACUUUAUGCGUGCUGCUUUUUUUUAUCAUCAAUAUAUAAGACCGUAACGAACAAAUAGCUCCAAUCACUACGUGAAACUCUUGACAUUCAAACCCUUGAAAUACUCUUAGAGUUCAGAAUCCUUCAGGAAAAUUUUGGUUCAAAUUUGAUUGCCUGGUUUUUUUCGGAUUUCCAUUUUUGCGGUGACCAAACUGGAUUUUUGCAUUGGAAAAUAAUGAAACAUGAUAUACAAAUCAUUCAAAAUUGGGUAAAAGUCUAAAACAGUUUAGCUUGAAAUUCAAAAUCUUUUCUGGACUAAAUCAGACCCUGAAAAGGUUUCGUGUAACUACAGGAACGUGCACACUUUUUGAGGGUUCAAGUCCAAACGGUUGUUAUUGUUGUUCCGAUGCAUUUAUAAUGACUUGUUAAAGCCAAGUCGUCGAAAAUGAAUACUAUUUUAGCUAUAAAAAAUUGAUAAAGAAAAAACGUCCUAUGAAAUCAUCCGCAGCUAUAUUCCACAAUAAUUGAACUCGCAAAGUUCACUCCCUGUUGGAUUUAACUUGUCAACGAAAAAUAUUUGGGCUAAAACUGAUCAACCCAUCGAUUAUAUAAAUACGUAAAGUAUAGACAAAAAAAGCUAAAUAACGAAUGUAUUUUUAAAGUUUGGGUGUGUGUGCACAGCGAGCUGGGCUUGUGGCCUAUUCAGAUAUUCGGCAAAUUGCCCUAUGUAUCAUAUAUACAUUGUAAUAUAUUUUAUACUGAUAUGAGAAAUAAACGAAAUCAAAUGAUAA